AUGGAGAAAAAAGACGAAAUUCCUGGUUAUAAAGUUGAAGGAUUUCUAGGAAAAGGAGCUUUUGGAAUGGCUCUUUUGCUCUCAUCUAUUGAUGACAAAAAUAAAAAAGCGGUGGCUAAAAAGGUGACGAUUCAGAGUCAAGAAGAUCAGCAUUUAGCGGCAGAAGAAGCUCUACUCCUCAGAUCUAUCAACAACCCAAAUAUUGUCAGAUAUACUGACUUUCACAUUGAGCUCGGUCGGCAUUGUUACAUAAUCAUGGAGUUUUGCGAUGGAGGAGAUCUGAAGGGCCGAAUCGAGCACUACCAAAAGUCCGGUGAAAAACUACAAACUGGCCGAAGCCUCAUUUGGAUUACCCAACUGGCUUUGAAAUACUGUCACGAGAGAAACAUCCUCCAUCGUGACCUGAAGCCCGAAAACAUUUUCGUAAUGAAAGACAAUCUGACGGCAAAGCUGGGCGAUUUCGGAGUCGCUCGGAAACUAUCGUUCGCCUGCCAACUCGCCAGUACUGUUUGUGGAACGCCGCUCAAUUUCUCGCCAGAGUUGAUUGAGGGCAAGCCCUAUGCAAAGCCCACGGAUAUUUGGGCACUAGGAUGCGUGAUUUACGAGCUGACGUUUUUGGAACACCCGUUUUUGGGGCCAAACGAAACUGGGAAUUUAUUCCAACUUGGUCAAAAGAUUCUGGCCGUCAACUACCCCCGAAAAAACUGCUAUCUCGGCCUCUUGGCUGACAAAUGCCUUUCCCGAAAGCCCGAAAACCGCUUUUCAAUCCAGCAAAUCCUCGCCGACCCAAACCUCUCCCGAAUCCAAGGCAAAUUCAAUCGCAACAUCGAAACGUCAAAAAUAUACGUGUCCGAACUCAUGGCCUGUUUAAAACUGAACUAA